UCUAAUAAUAAUAAAUUUCCCGCAAAAUGGAAGUAGAAGAACAUAUGUGAGGUGGAACUAUUAGCUUAAAUGAAAUCUCUAUUGAAGAUAAGGAAACUAUUUUAGAUUUUUGUAAGAACUAUGGUAUUGAUCUUACAACUUUUGGAGACCAACUUGAUGCUGAGAUGAUCAAUAACCCCGAUAAAGCCCUCAAAGUUCACAUCAAAAAUACCCAAACCACUAUCAACAAAGAACGUGAACUCGCCAGAAAGCACAAACAAUACAAGCAAGGCAAGGCUACUCACGACCAAACUCAAGACGACUUCGAAGCCAUCACCGACAAACUCGAAUUGUUCAUGAACAGAGCUGCCGAUCAGCAGUGAGAAGUUGACUUCGUUAACAGGCAGACUCAAGGCAAAAUCGUCAAAGGCUGGAACAACGAAGUCAUUCCAAAGAGAGCUCUUGAGUCAGCGAAGGCUUCGCUUGACUUCACUCAGACAUUCGAAGUAGACCAAUAUGACAUUUUUAACUUGACUGCUGCCAAGCGGGCAGAUUCUCUGGUCGACCACCUGGAGAUGUACACUCAGAUCGUCAAGAAGGAACUUGAGAUUCCAGAGUUCACAGACUUGGGUACCAUUUCAAGCGAUGUGGUAACCGUCAUCGGGAGGAUUGCUUACACCGAACAAGAAGAAGACACAAGCGCUAUUGAGUUGUUUAACUUGUCAACAGAGAACGAAAAUGGGCAGUCAAGAGUCAAACUGAUACUUGAAGAUAAACUCGAUUAUGCAUUCUUCGAAGGUCAGAUUGUUGUUCUUGAAGGUAUUUCAGACAAAGACACCUUCCAUGCUCAGAAAUUAAUAGAUCUCCCUGUCAAAACAAACAUGACAGUCAAUGAGAAUAAAGAUGAAGAAAGUAUGGACGAAGGAUACCUUAAUGGACUAAUUUUUGCAGGGCCAUAUACUUUCAAUGAAAAUUUGAAAUAUACUCCUUUGAAGCAUAUUGCUUCAAUAAUAUCAGACCAAGAACCAAAGUUUGUUGUCCUUACUGGUCCAUUUGUAGAUGUAACUCACCCUCAAAUUCAAGAAGGAGAGCUAUUCUACAACGAGGGGAAUAAAAUCAACUGAUAUGAAGAUAUUGAUUUAUACAGAGAGAUUAGAAAGUACUUAGAAAAUGCUACAUAUGGAGUUGACACUAAGAUUAUCUUAAUUCCUUCAGUGAACGAUAUUGUGAGCAACCAUCCAUUCCCUCAGCCACCAUUAAGCUCUAAAAAUUCUCAAAAAGUUUCUUUCCUUCCAAACCCAGCCAGAUUCAACAUUAAUGGGGUAGAAUUCGGAAUUGUUAACUCUGAAGUUCUUCGUCCAAUAAUGUCGAAAAUGAAAUUUUCCCAGACAAAGCCUAGAAUCCAGCAUAUGGCUGAUAAGAUCACUAGUCAGAGAAACUUCUACCCUGUGUACCCACCAGCGGAAUCUGUGCCACUAGACCUAAGUCAGCUGACCAAUCUUCAGUAUGAAGUGAGCCCUGAUGUUCUCAUCCUGAUCUCAGAGCUUCCCUCCUUUAUCCAAUCUUGAGAAGACAAAGCUUUGAUUGUUAACCCAGGGUUCUGCGUGAAGAGAAGUUCAGCAGGAACUUAUGCAGAGAUAGUGAUUAAGCAGAAAAUAGAGUGCAGUGCAAGCUCAGAAGCAAAGACAUUGAAGGAGAAGCUCAGUAUUGAGAUUAAACAGAUCUAA